GAACGCUAUCAUCGGCUCAAAAACUGAUAUAUUUGUGAGUUCUCAAGACUUAAACUGAAAGAAAACCCUGCCUAACAAUAGCUUAGAAAUCUUUGAUAACUGGAAGUGGUCUAAAUCAUUCAUGAUCACCGUAGUAUCACUUCAAAGCUGUAUUAUUCGCGUCGGGUUUUGCGUCAGAACAGCUCCUGCCGGCUGCCACGGACUACGGAACGGUACGGUACACCGUACAUAUGCCAGGAGCGCGCCCCGCCAGGUCAGACCAGCUGCACAGCCAGGAGCUCCGGGCCGAGCUAGCCGCUAGUAGUAUUUACUCCCUCUCUCUCUCUUGGACUCUGAGACUGAGUCUAACUAAUCUAUAGUCGUCUAAGGCGUGGAGGAAAGAGGAGCUCUGCCGAUUCCUACAAAUUACGCACAGAAGCGUUGCCGUUGCCGUUGAUAUCUUCAGUGUGACACUUCACUUAGUUACAAGUGAGCGGUUGGCCAUCGAUGAGGGAGUUCUGAAAAUUAUCAUCAGAAAAGUUUUGUAACCAUGGCUGACUUUGAGCAACCUAGUGAGCUUGCUCACGAGGAUCCUGCGAUGUAUUCCGAGCUGAGCAAUUUCAAUAUUGAGAAGCGAAUAGGAAAGGGACAGUUCAGCGAGGUAUACCGGGCCAGAUGCCUCGUCAACGACAAGGUCAUGGCACUUAAAAAAGUCCAGAUAUUUGAAAUGAUGGAUGCAAAAGCCAGGCAUGACUGUAUAAAGGAAAUUGAUUUAUUGAAGUCUUUAAACCACGAUCAUGUGAUCAAAUAUUUGGCAUCAUUUAUUGAAAACAACGAGCUGAACAUUGUACUAGAGUUGGCAGAUGCAGGGGACUUAUCGAGGAUGAUCAAGCAUUUCAAGAAACAAAAGAGAUUGAUUCCAGAGAGGACCAUAUGGAAGUACUUUGUACAGCUUUGCAGUGCUCUAGAACACAUGCAUACGAGGAGAGUUAUGCACAGAGACAUCAAGCCUGCUAACGUUUUCAUCACCGCCGAUGGCAAGGUUAAGUUAGGUGACCUUGGAUUGGGGCGUUUCUUCAGCUCCAAAACCACCGCAGCACAUUCCUUGGUGGGUACACCGUACUACAUGUCACCAGAACGCAUUCAUGAGACCGGGUACAACUUCAAAUCAGAUAUCUGGUCGCUUGGCUGCUUGUUAUACGAGAUGGCAGCAUUACAUUCACCGUUCUAUGCGGAGGGUUUGGAUUUGUACUCUCUUUGCCAGAAGAUUGAUAAAUGCGAAUACCCUGCCUUACCAGCCCACUACUCAAAACAGCUCUGUAAUUUGGUUGCAAUGUGCAUUCACCCCAACCCACACCAAAGGCCCGACAUCUCUGCAAUCCUGGAACUGGCUACCAAAAUGCAUCUGCAGAGUGUACAGUCAAGUUAGUUCUCCUGUGUAGUCCCAUUCCUAUCUUUCCAUGUCCCUAAAAAAUAGAACUCAACAAGGGUACACCGAGUUGAACUUAACAUCCCUUUGUGUACUUUGUCGAGUAUAGAGGUGAGUGUAUAUUUUGUGUACAGGGUGUAGUUGAUGGAUCACGGCCCCACACUCCACCCAGGCCCGGUAACAUGAAACUGCUAUAAUUGAUCGUAAGGCUGGUUUCUACAAUGAACUGGAUAAAUCAUGGUGUAUGAUCGAUCAUAAAAUCAGCCUACAAUCCUUCCCAAAGCUUUAUGUUUGAGGGCCCUGAAAGACGGAGGGACGGCUCUCCUCUAUGUAGCGGCAGGACUAGGCUGAGAAACUGAGUCAUAAGAUGCGAUCAGACUGGCCACUAGCAGGAAUGGUUCACGGCUCAGUCUUUAAACCAUAAAUCAUCUUUAACAUUGUUAUAAAGGCAUUCUGUCUCCUUCAGAAACGGUUUUGUAGAAUUACUCUUCAAACUGACUGCUAGCGAUCACUAAAGGAAAAUAAUACAUGUAGGAAGAGAAAAAAUGAAAUAAAAAUUAGGAAAAACUAUUUUCAGUGCAGUUGAUUGCUUUUCCUGAAUAAAACUUCCUAAGCUGAGACUAAUCCUUGAACGCUCUCUGAAUUGGCAAUGGAAUGAUAACAAUCGCCAUUUAAAAAUGCAUAUUGGCAAUAAUGAGAUAUGCCCAUUUUCAUUUAUAUUGUGUUAUAUUAUGGGCCUUCCAUUUGGAGUAGUAGGUCUGUGGUUAUAUAUAUCCAUACUUUAUAUGAAAAAUUAUGUAAAAGGGUUAAUAAAAUUAUGAUGAUUGCCAAUUUGGGGAGUCCAAACAGAUAAAAUUAAAGCGAAAAACAAAAGGUUUACCUGUAAACCAGCCACACAGAAAUGUUGUUAGCGCUAAAUCACUAACAAUAGGCCACAUGAUCACAUCUUGUGGACUGUGAUGUCAUAACGUUGGUCCAAGAUGAUGAUAACACAUUGUUGUGUCAUUAGGCACUGACGUGGCAUUACCGGUUGUACAUGUAACAGGACCUCUGUUAUGACAUUUUUUAUAACAAAUUUUUGUGCAGGAGGUACUGAUGGUUAAAGAGACUAUAGCCUGGUCAUUAGGAUAGUACGCACUUUUGGGUGUAAUGUUUUUUUGUUGGAUUUGAUGCCAGUCUACUACCAUUCCCAUUAUUGCUCCACUAAACACAGAACAUCUUUGUAAAUGCAUUGUACUACUGUAGCUCAAAGUAUAUGUAAAUACACGAAGUAAAAACAUUGUUAUCACUUUGACUUUAAACUUAAAGGGGAAUGACACAUUGGAACAAGUGGGCUUGUGU